AUGUCCACCAUCGGACACCUCGAACGGCUGGGAUUUGGACAGGCAUGCGUUUCCCAUUGGGACUCUGUACUAAGCUUGCUCAGAACAGCCGGCGUAACAAGGGCUGACAACAACAACCCUGACAAACUAUCUAAAGCUCACCGCGAAUCUCCACCAGAUAUAACAGAGGCAACCCAAGCCCACCCCGAAGAAGGCCUGCAAGACACAGGGCGCAGAAGAUGCACCACCUGCAAAGAAGAGGAGAACAACGACCACGAUAACCCCGAUCACCAUAUCAAGCACGGCAGCAAGGCCAAUAGCGAGCACGGUGGCGAUUCCAAGGCCGAUACUGAACAAGAUACUGAAGACAACAGCCCAACGGAUUGA